AAUCGUCAGUGUCCGUGGUCUCGACGCGACUGCCGGAUGACUAGCUCAUACUCGCUCAGACAUGUGUAUACCUGAACUAACAGUACACGUCAAUACCCGCGACACUGCGUGGCUCUCUGUCAGCAAUGAGUUCCGGCACGAAAGCAACUACGAAGUAAUUGCCGAUGCGCUUUCCUCAUGGCGAAAUGUGUAAAUAAUCGUUCCCGUGUCCAAGUGACAACGUCUGCUACGCACAGCAAUGCGUAGGUCGUGCUCUGCUCUACCUCCCCACAUACCUUGACCACAUGGGCACCUACAGAAAGGGAACCAGAUGUGACAAACUGUGGUGCGUAUGGCACGGAAUACUAAUUUCUACUUUGCACCUGUUUCUGAUCUACAAUGGGAUCACACGUUACUUGUCCUUCAAAUUUCUGGCUUUCGACCCCAAAUUCGGAGGAGAUUGGGAUCAGACCGGCUUAAACUUUUCUCUCGCCAUGUUGAUCGGUGCAAUCGGCUCAUUCUGCCUGUUCCUGUUUGUCAGUGUGAUCCGGACAACGAAUUACGCCAGUGAAUCGGUCCAAAUUGGUCGGGAUAUGAACAGCAUCAACACACUUUCCCUGGGUCAAGGCUGGCGGUCGGCCAUUCCACUGACUACACUGCCCACAACUUUUAUGACCAAUCGCACUUACACUCCGGGACCGGCUGUUAAUGCAGGACCAGGGCAGCGACCCCAUUUCACCCCACUGUCAGGUGAGUCCGAAGACGAGCAUGCCUCUGUGUUGGCCGGAGAGGAAACAUUGACUACGGGAGGGAUUUACGACACAUGGCCCAGACGAGCUGGUGGGGUGAAUCAUGAGGCACUCAACCCCUAUCACACGCCAAAUAUGCUUCAAUGCAUCCAGGACCAAGAGUCCCACCAAGUCCACUUAUCUAUUCAGCAAAGCGUUUGUCUAUUAUGGGAACAACUGCAAAGGCACUUUUUCCCCUACACCAGUGUGCUUCAUUUGUUGACAGCCUAUUGCUUGCUCUUACCGAUACCACUUGUACAGGCGCAGAAGAUUUACCACGGGGCUUUAGAUAUUGGAUGGCUGUGGCGAUCAGAUAUGGACUUCGUUUUCGGAUGUUCAUCGAUCGGAGAGAUGAAGUCGAACGAUCCGCCAGCUGCACACUUCAUGGCCAACUCGGAGGCUGUGUCAGCAAAAGUAAUUGACUCUUCAAGCUGGGAAGACUUGAGGGCCAUAUCGCCAGAAUUCUUCAACCUUGCUCUCGUCUUUGUACUUUUGGUGCUACGUUAUCCAAGCGUCUUCUGGUACACGAGCAGAUCAUUUUCCUUCUUAUUUUCACUGCUAAUCUUUCUGACCGGUGUGCAUGCGCUGAUUGAGUACUCCGCAGCAUCCGUGUUGGUCAAAUUGGCUUGGAAUGCACAUUCACUCCCUCAUAUCCCAUCGUUCCGACUUCUCAGUGCUCCAAGGAGCCCAAUUGUGUCGCCCUUUGCUAGAGAGGCCUUCGGGAGAUCGGUUGCUGAAGAACCAUACCCCGAUACUGACCAACCUCCCUCGCCGUCAGCUCUCGCAAAUUUUGGCCCUUUAUUUCUGUCCACGCUGUCAACGCUACUCUUCUUGUUCCUAUUCUUGGCAGUUUUUGAGUACGGCUAUCACCAGUUCCUGGAUAAUUUGGUUGCCUACCGAUUGUACUUGAUAGAUACCACGGGGAUACACGGUGGUGCACAUGCGCCCAAUUCUAACCCGGCCGAAAGGCACAACGGAGCUUUGCAAAAUGGCCCCGGACCGGUUUACAACCCUUCGGAAUCUGGCCAGUCGGGGAUGAAUGGAAGCGGCAAAUUCAUUCCCUGUUUCAACGGGACAUCGUUCCUGGGCCGCAAAUCACCAUCCUACUCCCUUGGAGCGGAUACGUUACAUCCGGCCACCCGGUGCUGUUUGUUUACAUACGCUCCUCACAUGUGGGCAUUGGUUGGCGGUUUGUGUGUAUUGGCCAUCAAAUUUCCACUUAUUUGGGACUGCUUCCAGAUUUACCGCGCCACCAGAUGCAGUCUGCUGUUGGCUUCCCCCUUCUCCGGGAUCGCCCUGCUUUGUGUUUGGUUCAUUGCUUGGUUCGCAUUCGGCUUGAAACCAGCGUGGAAAUUUCAGGUCAACCCUUAUGUCCAUACCACGGUUGGACCAGUGCUGCACUCCGAAUCAGGCAUGGUACCAAAUUUCCAACCCACAGCGAAUGGCUCCGUCCUAAGCCCCAUAAUGAUGGGUAGCAACUCCGCAGCACAUCCAACCGGAUUGGGCAACCGAACGGAUCCUGCUGGCCGCUUGUUCACAACUCAGCCACUCUACCCAAGUGCUGGGCCGCUUACACUAAGCGGAAAUUGCUUCAUUCCAAGUGGCGGAUCUAUUGCACACACCGGUGUUCCGGCCAGUCCAACCUAUGCUUGCUACCACGGCUCGUAUCAUGGCGGGAUUCCCGGUGUGAUCCCAUGCGGAAUUCGCGUUGCACACAAUAUGGAGCCCACAGUUACAAACGGCCUAUCACCGCGUCCAAUCGGUAUGGGAACGGGUCAUGAUCAGUGCGCGGACGAUGCCGAGGCCAGCAGCAGCAUGCGAAGUGGAAGCAACUAUGUUUGUUUGCAUAGUGCGUUCCCCUCCGCCGGAUGGAACCCAUCGAAUCCCGAUGCACUAAUCCCGACUGAUGCGGAAGGCAUGUUUGCACAGUUGUCACAAACGGGUCCUCAGUGUGUAGUGCGCAUACCAUACCAAUCCAUGCCCACCCAUUCUCAAGUGUCCUUCGGAUGUCCUGAAAGCAGUGCCCCCGAAAUCACCGUGGACUCUACUUCUGUGAUUUCGUCCACCGCUUCCAAACAAGAACAACACUCCACCAACACCGCGUAUUCAUUUGCCCAGCAUCACACUGGGGCGCAAGAUGGCAUCACUUACCAAUCCAACUCACUACGGCCGUGCAAUUUGCAGAGCAGUUAUCAGCCGAUUUCAUCAUCACAAUACACCAUGACCGCAUGCGAUCGCGUGCUAACUCCAAAUGACACGCAGCAAUCAUCAUCCACAAAUGGUCCGUUCCGUGGUGACACCUGCAAUCGUAGUCAGCCCACGUUGAAGCCGUCCAGCGGACCAUUAAUUCCCGCUACCGCUGCGAACCAGUGCGGACAGCGUGUCUCUUUUAGAAGAAACAUUGAACUGGUACCUGAUGUAUCUCCCGCCGUAAGUGAAAUUGGCUCACAGAACAACUCGUCAGAUGACAGUGGUAUUGACAAUUUGAAACUGGAACAUCAAAACUCAGUAAGCACGGAACCGGCGCAGCUGACUAAGACUUUUGGAAGCGGUCCUUAUGACAACGCUUUCCCUACAUCAGUGUGUUCAAGCAUACCCGUACAAAGAUUGAACCAAGCAAAUAACCAAGUCUCCCGAACAUUGCAAGUAUCUGCCGCUACUUCGUCCAUGGCCAAUCCAUCAAUGAACGAUUCCAUCUACUCCACCCACACCUCCAGCUUCGCAGGGAAUAUGGGUGGAAAGCUGUGCCCAUCGCAAAACCUAAUCUCAGAGUCCGCUCUUCGAACUAUGCUCAUAUCAACAGAUGAAAUGAUAGGAGAUGCAAGUAAUGGUUGCCAGUGUUCCACUUCCGAACAAUUUCCCCUAUUGCUUUGUCCCGAACUUCUGUCCGAUGCGAGUCAUGAAUCACGACUUUGUAGUCAAGUUUGAAACAAUUCUUUGUCCAGAUAGUUCGCCGCACACGUCGAUCUUGCAACGUGUUACACUGUGCCACGGACUUCUCUCAUUUUGAGCGGAUGCGGCUGUCCAUUGCAUUAAACGUGUUGCGUGGAGAAUAUUGCCCACUUCCCCAAGAGAUAACCAGUGACACGCCUUCACGGAAGAAUUUUUCCCGAUGACUGUGAUCAUCGACCCACAGCAUUUGUUGUUUUUGGUCUAUUUUAGCAAAAUUCCACUCGCCUGUUUUGGCUAUGUUGUCUCGUGACUAUGGUCGCCGAUGUCUUACCCAUAGCGAACAGUGUCGUUUUUUUCAACUUAAUUUAAGGCUUCGAAAGCAGCUGUACAACCUCAGAAAUGUACAUAUCAUUCAGUUUACACCUGAGUUUUCAACCAUCCUGU